AUGCCUAUACUAUACAAACUUGUUACAAAAUGUGUCAACACUAAACUUACAGACUACAUUGAAGCUUUUGGUCUUGUUUCGGAUAACCAACUGGGAGCUAGAAGACAUUGCCAGGGUGCAAAAGAACAGGCUUUAAUAAACCAGUGCAUUAACAAUCACUGUGGAAAUAACUUAUUUGCGACAUGGAUUGAUAUAAACAAAGCAUUUGAUUCUGUUAACUAUGAAUUUUUAUCGCUGGUAUUGGAUUAUUCUGGACUCCCUGAGUGGAUUGUGAAGUUUAUUAAAAGUUUGAUAAGUAAAUGGAAAGUGAUUCUGAAUCUCAAUGUAAAUAGAAUUGGAACAGUGAAAUUAGAAAGAGGAAUUCUUCAAGGAGAUUCACUAUCUCCCCAACUUUUUACGCUGGUAAUGGAUCCGUUGAGCAGGAUACUAAAUCACAAGUUUCCUAAAAUCUGUAUUGACCAUAAUGACCCGUCUCAAAUAACAUACUCAACUAAUCAUCUGCUAUUUAUUGAUGAUUUGAAAAUACUUGCUGAGAAAGAAAAUACGAUCUUGAGGAUGAUGGAAAGUAUUGAUGAAUACUUCAGUGUUGUUGGUCUCAGGAGGAAUUCUGAAAAAUCUGCAACCAAUCUGAAUUAUGUUAAAGAAACUAGAAGUUUUGACGGAUAUGAUGGAUAUCGAUAUCUGGGAGUCCUGGAGGAUAAAGGAAGCAAUGUAUUGAAGCAUGAAGUUAUGAAAAAAAUUGCAGAAAAUGUAAAGAAGAGAAUUGAAAGCUUUGUGAGCACGAAGAUAAAUGCAGUGAAUCUAUUCAAGGCGAUUAAUGAAUAUUCUCUAUCACUUUACAAUUACUAUAUUGGACUAAUUGACAUUGAGCCACACGAGUUUCAAGCCAUUGAUACCGAAGUUCGAAGGAUUCUAUCUAAUUUACAUGUUCAUCUGAAACCUGCAAAUAAGGAAAGAUUAUAUAUAAGCAGAUCUAACCUUGGAAGAGGACUUAAUUCAAUUGUCCAUAAAAGUGAAUGCAUGUUAUACCAAUUUUUGACUGAUCUUGAAAGAAAGUCUGCAAUGUGUCUCAGAAAGGCUGGAAUCUUGCGGGUCUUGAAAAUAAAUAAAACACAUAUGGCCACCAUCGCAAGAUUUCUUACCUUCAAAUACAAUAUUGAAGAUCCUUCAGAAUUGAAUAUAAACAUAAUCAAGGAGAAUCAACAAAAGAGUCUAAUGAAGAUUAUUAAAUCGAAGAUGGUGCAUUCCGUACUUUUCAAAUGUUGUGAGGAUCAGAAUGUUGACAUCAAUAUGUCUACGGAAUGGCUAGUGAAUGGAAACAACAGUCCGAGAUCAGAAGCAAUGUAUUGUAUUAUUCAGGAUCGAAAUAUAUUUUUCAACGAUAACGGAGGAAUGUGCAAUCAUUGUAAUCAAGCUAAAAAAUCUGUUGAUCACAUGGCUACAAGAUGUAGCAGAAUGCUGAACAGUGAUUAUACCAGAAGACAUAAUGAAGUUAUAAGAUGCAUCCAUUUGCAUCUCUGCCGCCAAUAUGGAAUCAGGAAAACCAAAAGGUUAAAGUCACACACAGUCCAGUCAGUUAGCUCAAAUCAUAAAGUGGAGAUAAGAGUGGACAUCACCUUGCAGACAGAUGUUCAUGUAAAAAACAAUAUACCAGAUAUCUUUGUCCUUGAUAAAAAGAAAAACGAAAUCACUCUAAUUGAAGUCGGAAUUACUUCCCACGCCAUGUUAAAGCAAGUGGAAGUAGAAAAACUGCAUAAAUAUGAUCUUCUUGCUGGAGAAUUAUCUCAAAUCCACGGUGCGAAGGGAACGAUAAUCCCCAUUGUCCUCACAUGGGACGGGAUAGUUUCUAAAUUCUAUAAGUCUUAUAUGGAAAGACUGAAGUUGGAUGCUUCCACUAGAUCGUAUAUACAAUCGCUGACGAUUAAGAAGACAUUGGAGGCCAUGCUUGUUGAACAUAAACAUGGAGUGGAAAUUGAAAAACAUGAGGAACAAGUUUCAAGGGCCACCAACCACCUCCUAAAAUUGGCUAGAGAAACAACAGAUCCAUCAGAUUUGCCGGAAGAUGUGUCUCAUGUGUCAUAUGAAGUGUUAGAAGAGGAGAAUACGCAGAUCCAGUGCAACGGUCCAAAAAGGAGGAGAAUUAUAUAG